AAACAACGUGAAACAACAAUCAAGCCUGCAGAACUACGAAGAAGUGGAUGUGUGCUCGGAAAAGUUGGACGUCGUGAGUCUUUUAUCUCUUUGACAGGACUCUUGGAAGGAUCUUCUUCAUACAGAUUGCAAGGAGAAGUUAGAGUACACAUUUUAGGAUUGUUUAGAAAGGAUUGACGACGGCAAGAGUUUGUUUUUGGUUGUUUGGAAACGUCGAGAUUACACAGAAAACAUGGCGGACGUUUUAGCUCCAGCUUCUAAACCGACCCACAGCAGGACUCCGAUCAUGGCCUCCCUGGGCGGCACGAGUAAGAGAAACCAGCCGGACGCCUUGAGAGUCUUGGACCCGGCAAGGAAGAAGCUAACGGCGGUGGAGUCCCAGCGUAUAGUGGCGGUUUUGGAGGACGCCAUCAAGAGGGGAGAACUUUUGGCUCUGUUGCCUCACGUCAACAAGAACAUGGACAGAUUUAGCGUGGUUCUGGGGGUAGAACUGAAGAGGGAGAUAGAGCACCACUGCGAGCUGCAGAGGACCUUCAACGGGCUCCUGAUGCCGAAGGAAUCGACGGGAGACAGGGGGUCUUCGGCCGGGAGUUCCAGAACGGGAUCUGCAGGCAGCAGAAAAGGCAGUGCCACCACCUCUAGGACAGCAGGAGAUCACAGCGACAUGAACAGCAUGUUCAGUGAACAGCAGACCCGCAAGCUACAGGUGAUACAGCAGCAGCUGGCCCACUCUACCAGGAACAUCUUACGCCUGUUCAGCAUCAACCCAGCAGCUGUCAGUGCUGUCAGGGCAGAGAACAGCGUGUUGACAGCACAGGAGCAAGAGUUGUUGGGGGGUCUAACCGAAUUGAAGGAGAUCUGUGUGGAGCGGCUGUUGAUGACCCCCCUGGAGGAGAAGCAGAGGGCAGAGUACGUGGACAGCAUCACCAUCAGGGACAGGAAAAAUGCUGAGAUCAUCGACAAACUGGAGGCAGAGCUGGGGGAGGCAGAGGACGAGAGGGACAUGGAGAUCAGCAAAAGGAACGACCACAUCCGCAAGCUGAAGAACCAGCUGCACACGAUCGAGAAGUUCUCAGAGGAGCACAUCCGCAGAACCAAGAUGGACGCGGACAAGGAGGAGCAGGCUGACACACGCAACUCCGAGUCCAAGAAGGGCAAACUCCAGCAGGAGAUCAACCAGCUGAAACAGCAGCUGGCCAACCUGACAGCAGAGCACAGGGAGAGCGAGCUGGCACUCAGAAAGAGGAAGUUCAAGAUCGAGACAGAAGUAGAGAACUGGAUUCAGAAGUACGAUGCAGACAUGGGCGACCGACAGACGGAGUAUGAAGAGGUGGAUGCAGUGUACACAGAGGAGAAGGCCCAACUUAACGAACUGGAAGAAAAGUUUAAGACUCUGGAGGCUGAGUACACAAAGAUCAUGGAAGAAAAGAGGAUAGCAGCAGAGAAAAAGGAACAAGAAGAAAGGGAGCUUGAGAUGGCCAUCCGGGCUGCCACAGUGGUCCAGGCCUUCUGGAGAUCCUACAAGGUCCGCAAGAUGCUCAAGCAGAAGACCAAGGGCAAAGGGAAGGGCAAGAAGGGAAAGAAAGGGAAGAAGUAGUACACAAUGACCCAUCGGUACCUUUUAAGGAGGGAAAUUAAACAUUUUUUUAAUCAUUUGAAUUCUGCACUGUACGUAGCUUGCAGCAAAAUGAAUUGUAUUCAAUUUGUUUUAUGAAAUAAACAUUGCUUGUUAAAAAAUCCUUCAAAUUCAAAGUCUUCACGUACAUUUGUACCUGUAUAUUUUUCUCAACCAAGCCUUGCACUAACUUGACCAAAAAAAAACAUAAGACUUGGAUGUACAUGUUUAUCUAAUGAGUUUCUAACGUUCCUGUUUUUGUACAUUGUAUAUAUGAAAGUGUCACGAUCAUCGCAUUGUUUUAAAGUGAAACAAGUAGUUUUGCUUCUUACAAAGAAUCUCUAUCAUAUAAUGUAUAUUUUAUCUAAAGAUUCUCAGUAUCUGUGUACAAUAAGCAGCAUAUAAGUGAAACAAAGGUUAAGAAUAUUAUUUUAUUAGUGUUUCCUGUGAAAAGUACAUCAGAAUUCAUAUAAACUGGAUAUGAUGAUACAUGUAUCAUAUAAUACAAAUUCACAAUCUGCUGUGUUAAAUAAAACACAUAUACACUG